AUGGAUGUGGAAAACGGGGCCAAUGAGGUUGAAAAUCUGGAAUAUGUGCCAUUGUUGUCGGUCCCUUCCUUACGUCCCGAUUCCCGUACCGAAGCAAUUCCUGAAGAGGAGUUCCCUGUGUCAGUGUUGUUCAAAGUUGUUUCUUAUUCUCGGUCCUUAGCCUUCCGGCUUCAGUACCGUUCCAGUGGAUGUAGAAGCAAGUGCGGUUGUAUCCGUACCCCUGUAAUAAGCACCUUACGAGCGUCCCGGGCCAAUGAGGGAGAAAGUCGACGGGUCCCCUGCAUCAUCAGAUGA